UCGCCGCUUCAGUCGCCGAAUCUUGUGCUGCUGCUGCUGAAAUAGCGACAGUGCGUGUGUGUCUGCAAAUGUGUAUGUGCGUGUGCGACAGAUAGUAAGUCACAGAGUGGCCUGUUGUAUCGCGCGAUCCCGAAGUCAGUACACAAGAGGCAACAAUAAUAAAGAAGAGAAAAGAGAAAAGCUGCACGCGGAGAAGUUAUGCGAGCGGAUGAAUAACGAGCCGAAUGUUGAAUCACGGGCGGACUGCGUUGUGUUGUUCGUCGCUCCACCGAGUGUAGUAUAGAGUGUUUAUAGCGAUAGAUACUACUGCUAUAUAUAUACAGCCAAGAUGGAUCAGGCGCCGGCAGAUAUUGAACUACGCAACAUCAUUGACAAACUGGCUCAGUUUGUCGCUAGAAAUGGACCGGAAUUUGAGCAUAUGACAAAAAAUAAACAAAAAGAUAAUCCAAAGUUUAGCUUUUUAUUUGGCGGAGAAUAUUUCAAUUAUUACCAGUAUAAAGUCACAACAGAACAAGCCAUCUUGAAACAGAAAGGAAUGAACACAAUGUCAAAUUCCGACCCACGUUCUAAUGCUAUGCAUCAAUCAUCAGUGGCACCAUCAAUGAAUAAUGUUGGAAUGCCUCACAAUAAUGGAUUGAGCAACCCAAUGCCACCAAGCUUAAUGGUACAAGGUCCACCACCAAAUAUGCCUCCACCACCUAAUAUUUCUGCUCCACUUGGGCAUAUGCCUCCACAAAAUUCUAGACCUUACGGUGCACUACAGACUGAAUUGGCUACUUUACAAACUCAGCAAAGUACUUUGCAAGAUCAAGUCAGACAAUCUGAACAAAAUCUUGCUGCGCAUCAUGCUGCUUUAAUGUCACAACAACAAGGAAAAGUAGAAGAGGCUGUCAGACAGGCUCAAGACAAUGCUUUACAAACAGUAGCUCAAAGUACAAAUACUGAUUUGCAAGCAUUUGAUACAGUGUUACAGCCAAUCAUUGAUAGUUGCACAAAGGAUAGUAUAAGUGCUGGUAAAGCAUGGAUAUUGCAGCAUUCAACUACAUUACCUAGCAAUCAAGUGAUAGCCAAACAUUUACUCAAAAGAGUAAUUCAGGAAACCACUUUUAAUCAUAAACUUCAUAUUAUUUAUCUGGUAAAUGAUGUGUUGCAUCAUUGUGCUAGAAAAAAAUCUAUGGACUUGCGUAAAGCUAUGGAGAGUGUUGUCGUACCUAUGUUUUGUAAUGCAUCAUUAGCUGCCACAGAAGAGCAAGUAACCAAAUUAAAUAAGCUCUUGAGUCUGUGGGAAUCAAAAAGUAAUUAUUUUGAGGAAGGUAUCAUUGAGAAGCUGAAGAACCCGACUGCGUCUUGGACCGAGUAUCAGAGCAAUGUAAUGUCGCAGCACGCCUCAGCCAUAACGUCAAUUACCGCGACCACGAAGCAAACCUACGACAAUUACCAGGCGCAGCAUCAGGCGUUCGUGAACCACGCGAUGAGGCAGAUUCAAACCAUAGAGCAACAGAAAAUGGCAAUCGACAAGCAGCUCAAGGCACCUCAAGCUGCAAUGAAUCCAUCCAGCGUACCGCCAGCACACACGAUGCCACCACUUUCAGGGCCUCCUCCAAACGCAGGAUCCAUGCCAGCGAGUGGCCCACCUCCACAGAUGCAACAAGCACCCGCGCCACCACGUAUAAGCCACCAUUCGGACUUACCUCCACACGAAAGACUUUCGCAUUCUGACAGACCACCUCAUGACACAGAUCAGCGAUUCGGAGGACCACCACUGCACGACACGGAUCAACGAUUCGGUGGACCACCCCCGCACGAUAAAGACGGUCGAUUUGGUGGACCUCCUCAGCACGAUAAGGACGUCGGCUACGGUGGACGUCCGCCCCACGACGAAGAUGGACCCGGAAGAUACGGUGGACCUCCUGCACACGACAAAGAGGGCUCUAGUCGUUUUGGUCCUCCGCCACACGAAAAAGAACGUACCAGUCGUUUUGGCCCUCCGUUAAUCGAUAACGACGGCAGAUACGGAGGUCCGAUGCACGAAAACGAGGAUCGUUACAGAGAUUCAAUGCCGCGCGAUAAUGACGGUCGAUACGGUGGACCACCCCGUGAAAACGAAGGCCGGUACGGCGGACCGCCGCACGAAAGCGAGGGUCGAUACGGUGGUCCACCUCCUCACGACAACGAAGGACGUUUCAACGAUGGGCCGCCCUCCCGGUACGGCGGGCCUCCGGGGUCCGAUCAUGGAAGACCACCGUACAGAGACGGCGAUAGACACUACAGUGGCCCACCGCCGCCACACGACGAAAGGAGACAUCAUUUCCUUGGAGGUCACGAACAGGGACGUCCACCGCCGCUAUUCGGGCCUCCGCAACAUGAUAUAGACGGAGCGCCCAUGUACGGCGGUGGACACCCGCAUCACGAUGGAGGCAGACCGCCGCACAUGGACGGUGGACGACCGCCUUUCAUGGACAGCGAGUGUCCGCCGCCUCUAUUCGGCGGACCGCCGUCUCACGAGCAUUCAAGGCCACCAUUCCACGAGGGUCCACCGAACGACGGCAGGCCUCCGUUCGGAGGACCGCACGAUGGUCGGCCGCCGUUCAGUGGUAUGCCACCACGGGAUGGUGACGGUCACUACGGCGGACCACCGCAUCCCCUGCACGACGGCGGGAGACCGAAGUUUGGGGGUCCGCCUCAUCACGGUGGUCAUCACGGCGGACCGCCACACGCCAGUCCUCCACCCUUCGGAAUGGACUCGGAUUAUCCGUCGCAUCGAGACUCGUCUCACGUACCUCAUCCAUCUUAUGGUGGCCCGCACGGGCCUCCGAUUAGAGGUGAGCAAUCAGAUGAUGACUUUGGUCCACCCCAUGGUCCACCACACGGACCACCAAUGGGUGGUCAUAAUCAAGGUGACGGCUUCAAUCAAUCUGCCAGCUGGAAUGCUCCUCCCCCUUCUCAGCAUGGUCAACUGCUGCCUGAUUUCUCAAAACCACCGCCAGGCUUUGGACCUCCACCGACCAUGGGCGGUGGUGGUCCUCCGGUAGUACCGCCACAGAAUCAGCCGCCACCCCUCAUGGCCCAAGAAAUCAAACUGGAAGAACUGAUGCCUACGAUGCCAUAUUUUGAUUUACCUGCCGGUCUUAUGGUGCCUCUCGUGAAGCUGGAAGAUCAUAAUUACAAGUCUCUCGAUCCAGAUGCCAUCAGACUGCCACCACCUGCGCCUCCAAGUGAUCGUCUGAUAGCUGCGGUGGAGCAGUUCUACGCGCCUCCGAAUCACGACUCACCCAGAGACAGUGAUGGCUGGGAAAAAUUAGCACUUUACGAAUACUAUCGAGCCAAGAAUAACGCGAAAAAGCGGAAGGAAGAGGAUAUCGAAGAUGGUAUACGAGAAAAAUCCAGAUCACCCACGCCAAUUACUAGGCCCCGUUCAAAAAGUCCCAGUCCACCGAAAAAACGAUACCGUAGCAAUAGUAGGACGAGAAGUCGUUCACGCUCAAGAUCAAGAGGUCGUAGCAGAUCACGUACUCCUCCUACGGUGGGAAGAGACAACUCAUCAUCCUCCAAUCAUAGACGAAGUGGAUCGAGCCGCAGCAGCCGAAGACGUAGAAGGAACAACAAAUCUGGUAGCGACUCGACAACACCUAGAGGUGAUAGAAACGACAGAAGUCCUACGCCACCUAGUUUCUUAGGUUCAACGUACAGCAACCCGAGCCAACAAAUGGGAUUGGACGAAAGCAACAAAGGGCAUCAGUUACUUCGUAAAAUGGGCUGGGGUGGCGCCGGCCUCGGUGCCAACGAGCAAGGAAUCGAGGCGCCGAUUUCCGGUGGUGACAUACGCGACCGAAGUGAUCAGUACAAAGGAGUUGGUAUAAAUCUAAACGAUCCCUAUGAAAAUUUCCGAAAGAGCAAAGGUCAAGCCUUUAUCACGAGGAUGAAAGCUAGGGCGGAAGAACGCGCGGAAGAAAGAGGAGAUCGCGAAUAAUCGCGUAGAGCCCCCAGCAUGUAAAUUGAGAAAGCCUGAAUCACCUAUUUUUGGGAGCUAAUCAGUGAUCAAGUGGAAACGAACGUGCAGUGAUUUAUGACGUAACAAAAUACAAAAUAUAUGAAUUAUUUACAAAAAAACUAAUGAAAUACCUAUCCGUGAAAUCUGUGAGGAUUUUUGUAAACGAGCGUGUAUAGAUUUUUUUUAUACUUGACUAUACUUAAAUAUGUAAAGACUAAGUGAGAAUGGGAAAAAAUAUGACUGUUGUUUUUUAAACGUUAAGAUCUCGACGUGCCGUACAAAAAAAGAAAUGAAAAUGUUUCGCGAUUUGUACAAAUUCCGGGAAAAAAACUAGAAUUAUUAUUUAUUCUAAUUGAAAACUUUAUUUUCAUCAAUUCAAAUGUAAUACAUUUUUUCUUUGAUUUGUAAAUUUUGAUUUUUGCAUCGAUCAAGCAAAUGAUGCUACAAGCGUAAUCUUCCAUAUAAUACCUUUGACGUGUUAUGUGUUUUUUUCUUUUCGAGAAAUGAUUUAUUAAAAGUAUAAUUAUCUUUUAAUAAUUUAGAUAACUCGACAGCUCGAUUGUUUCUGAGAACUAUUUUGUUUUUGCACUAAUACGUUUAGGCAUUCAUCUUGCUUGAUGGACAACUUCGAGAACUUUUUUGUUAAAGUUCAAUAUUAAAAAAAAAAAAAAAAAAACAAGACAAACGUGUGUUUAUAUAAGUCGUAUGAAUAUAUAAGUUAUUGCGCCGUGAAUUUAAUGUAUUUAGACCCAUCGAAGAGUGAUUAAAGAAAAAACAAAUUGUAAAUUUCAAAUACAAUAGCUUGACAUUUUUACGAAGCCAAAUGAUAAAGUAAUUCUAAUUGUCGUAUAGGAUCUGCCUGCUAUGAGAUUAAAAAUUAUUCAGAGGAUCGAAAGACUAAAUAUACUGUAUAAUAUUUUAUGAAUGUAAAGUUGUGCUUUUGGAGAUUAUGGAUGGAGGAAUUUUCAAAAAAAAAAAAAAA